AAAAUCGAAUUUGCGGCUACGAUACAAGGGGCUGGCAGCGCGUCGCGUCCGCGCACCUUGACGACGUCCUGCACGUUGGCGACGACGAGCUUCCGGCGAUCAAGACCAUCGGCAACCGCUAGCUGUGCCGUCCGUCGCAGCGCCGGUGCUCACUGCCCCGAGAGCCGCGCCGCUAUCGCGUAGAUUAGCGGCUUUUAGGGCCUAAUCGACAAAUCGACUAACGUCAAUUGCA